CAUCUCUGAGGGACAGAGUUUCCGGAGGCGAGCCUCAAGAUCCGCGUACCCGUGUGUUUGGGACUGUGCCAGUACAUUUUAAGACAGGCCAGCAGACGACGCUCAAAUAACGACAGAGGAGGAAGACUAUUUCACAGCAGAAGCAGCCAACAUGUACCCUGCAUGCAGCAGUGAGUUUUAACUCUAAGUUGAAGCUUUGCAUUGCUGUCAGAUUGGUGUGGAUCUAGUUUCACUGCUGGGCCCCUAACAGACCUCUAUGUGGAAGAUUCCCAGGGAUGCUGCUCCUGACUAGCCAACAGAGUGCUUUCUCAUAGCUGCCUGAACUGAAAGCCCAUCUUAUACUCAUGCACUGAUGCAUAUUUACAAUCCGCUGGUUGUUGGUAACAAAGCUAAAACCCUAAACAUCCACCGCCCCAUCCCUGUAAUAACCCAUGUGCCUCUGGAAACCAAAAUGAAAACAAAAAAAGAAAAACAAAGAGAUGAGGCCUCAAAGCAAAUCCAUACAUCAACCCAUGGACCAUGGACCUCUGUUUACAGGCACACAUAAGGAAGACCUUCACUCACUAGGCAGAGAAAUGGCCUCCAACCCAAUGACCCCAACCUCUGCCACUCUUCGACAUAAACAUGAGGGGAAAACUGAAAGUAGCAGUAGGACCUUGGACUGGUUAUUAAAAUAUGUAAGGCCCCUCGAUGAUGGCUCUUCACUGAAGACAUCUACAUUUUUAAACAGUGCUAGCUGUGAUGAUGGUAGGUUGAAUGGCUCUGAUAACAGAGAACAUAAUACGCAGUACAUUCCAGGGUUGGGUGACUAUGACUUUCCAGCCUCAGAUGAGCCAGACACCUCUACAGAAACCCGUAAACCCAAGUUCACCCCUGAACAAACUGCUAGAAUCCUUCUGCACUUUGGGCUUGAGAGAGAAGAUUUGGAGGUUCUCAUCUCGUACCCCGAAGACCAGAUUACCCAUGCUAACUUGCCAGUCAUCUUGGACCACCUGCACCUUCAGAAGAAAAAGAAAGCAACCACAGAGGUUCAGUCAGAACCCUGCCUUGAACCACAACCCAACAGAACAGUGAGUGGCCCUGACAUUCAUAAUCGGAAUAGUUCUGGUAGGGCAGUCAUGCAACUAGAGAAAACUUCGAAAACUACGAACUACCUUCGUACCGGCGAAGGUUCUGCAAGGGUUGAGGAUGAUGUUGGAAGGACGAGCAACAGUGGGAGUGGAAAAAUGUUUGAGAGUCAAGAACCACUGCCAAAAAGGACUACAGAGUUUAAAAGUAGCGCUGUUGGUCCUUCAAAUAAGCAGUUGAGUUCCUUUUACAGUCUUAGCUCUUUGUACAGUCCAGUACUUUGUCCUGCUUAUCCAAGGAAUGAUCAAACAAAAAAAUUACUGGUCCAACCAAAACAAUAUUUCCAAGAUAUCCUCUGCUCUUCCUCUCAGCCAAUGAAAGACACGAGUUUUCUCGAUUCUGAGACCCCCAAACCUGUUCCUUUAGAUCAGUCCUGGUCAGCAUUUAUAACCCAACCACCCGUCAUUCACGCCCAUGGUAUGCAUCAUCACCAAACUGACCUUGGACCCUUUGGUAGUAAUGACACCAGUGGCACAAACGAUCCUAGUGAAGUAAUCCCUGUUGAAAGUUCUAUGAAGCAGAAGGGAAACCAGAGGGAACAACUGCAGCAGCAAUCAGUGCAGCACACCUCAAAUCCAAUAAAACUGUUAACUUUACUCAAAAAGACAACGGGUAAAAGUGCAGUCUUCAAGGAUAAGUCAGCACCAGAGAUGGUAUCUGACCGUGCUGCUACCCCAUCAAACAACUCUCCUCGCACCUGUGUUCUGUGUACCAAAGAAUGUACUGAUACAAAGGAGUGGAUCUCCCACCUGAGCAGCUACCUUCACCUUGAAAACUUAAGACUUUUCAGAAAACAAUACACCAAUUGGGAUGGUGAAACCAACCCUGAACCUAGACCUGUAGCUGAAUAUGCCAAACCCCAUUCCUCAGCCUCUUCCAAGAAAACCAGCCACUUCCAUUCAAGAUCCCUCAGGCCCCAUAGUCAGCAUGGCCCAAAGGGUAGAUUGGAUAGAUGUAGAAGCCGAUCGGAUUCUCCACUGAGCACUAGAAACAAUUGCAGGUCACGCUCACAAAGCUCUGAAAGACAGUCCUCGCCAAGGAGGAGGGUUGACAGACGAUCUCUGAGAGGAGAUCUUGAUAGACAGAAGAGGUCAUCCCCUCAACAGAAAAGGCCCAAUAGACUGUCUAAUAAACUACAGACAAUCAGGCUUGGAAACCGCCCCUGCUCAAAACCACUCAGCCCCCAUCAUCAUGGUCGAAUGAGAAGGAGGCACAGAAGGAGAUCACAAUCUCCACCAAGCCCCAGAUACAAUCACAGGCAUGACAGCCCAGCCUUCUACAGCAAUAGGUCACAUUCACAGAGCCCUGAAAGAUGGUCAUCUCAAAGGAGAGUCAUUGAGAGUGAGAGUCAGUCACCACCAAGGAGAAAUAGACGGUCCAGAGAGACGUCACCUCCUAAACCUAAAGGGUCCAACAGUACCCAGACACUGCUCCAGUCUGACCUGGAGGAUGUUAUUAAAACCGCGGCUCCUUCUUUCUUAGCGGAGCUAGCCAAAAUGGCAUUGUGGUCCUCCUCCUCUUCAAUUUCAACAGGAGAAAAACAGCUUCCUUCUCUUCCUGCUGACUACAGACUGCCAGAACUCAAACCCAUCAAUCCCCUCUGUGAAGAGUUUGUGGUACCUGCUUAUUUUUGCAACCUCUGCUUUGUUUAUUGCCAUGAGAGCAACGCCAAAGAGCUCCACUGCAGCAGCCAAACACACCUCGACAACCUGCAGAUGAAUCAGGAUCUUCAAAGAACAAAUAUCAAGCUUUGAAGUCUCUGAAUAAACGCAGAUGGACACUACGUAGAAAGACAGUUAUUUAUAUUGUUAUAUAGCACCUUGAAAGUACCUUGUACAUUAUAUGUCAUAGGUUUCCUGUUAAAUAAUGCAGUGACAGCCCCAUCUACCCAUGUUCAUGUUCAUUAAGGCUUCUAUGACAGAGUUCUGUGCCACAAAGUACAUUUACAGAGACCAGGGACCCCACUGUACCUGAAGGUGGUAAGGGGAGACAAAGGAGAGAAUUUUCUGGAGUCCAGCCACGCUGGGAGGCAGAAAGUAAUAACAAGUAGUAGUAAUGUAUGCUGUAGUGUACAGUCAUCUUAAAAAUGCAAAUUCAUUUUUUUUACAUUAUUAAAAUGGCCUAA